UGGUUAUUGCUAGGGGACAGACAGCCUCAGAUCAAGCGCUACCGCUACAUCUUCAAUUUCGGGCAACAAAACGGCCGUUUUCAUCCCUUUGGGGAAUUAAUGUAACUUCUGUCUUUACACAAGUGUAGCUGAACGUAUUUUGGCAUUUAAUGGAAGUCAAACCAGCGGAGACGAGGCCUGCUGCCCGCUAGAAUAGAUGAUGUAGUUUAACGUUUUUCCAGCCGUUUGUUUAUCAGGUGUGACAGACGAAGCCGAGUCUCUGGAAGACUCCUGGCUACGACUUGAUUUGUUCCCCACAUCUAGCUCUCAAACUGGCUGACAUGGAUGAACAAAGUGUUGAGAGCAUCGCCGAGGUGUUUCGCUGCUUCAUCUGCAUGGAGAAACUGAGGGAUGCUCGUCUCUGCCCGCACUGCUCCAAACUCUGCUGCUUCAGCUGCAUACGACGGUGGUUGACGGAGCAGAGAGCCCAGUGUCCGCACUGUCGGGCUCCACUCCAGCUGAGAGAGCUGGUCAACUGUCGCUGGGCAGAGGAGGUCACCCAGCAGCUGGACACCCUGCAACUCUGCAGCCUCACCAAGCAUGAGGACAACGACAAGGACAAGUGUGAGAACCACCAUGAGAAGCUGAGUGUUUUCUGUUGGACCUGUAAGAAAUGCAUCUGUCACCAGUGUGCUCUCUGGGGAGGCAUGCAUGGCGGCCACACCUUCAAGCCUCUGGUGGAGAUCUAUGAGCAGCAUGUGACCAAAGUGAAGGAAGAGGUUGCCAAGCUGCGUCGCCGCCUCAUGGAGCUCAUCAGUCUGGUGCAGGAAGUGGAGAGGAAUGUGGAGGCUGUCAGGGGAGCGAAGGACGAGAGGGUUAGAGAGAUCCGAAACGCGGUGGAAAUGAUGAUCGCUCGCCUUGACAACCAGCUGAAAAACAAACUCAUCACCCUCAUGGGCCAGAAGACGUCCUUGACCCAGGAGACGGAGCUACUGGAGUCUCUCCUGCAGGAAGUGGAGCACCAGCUUCACUCGUGCAGUAAGAGUGAACUGAUCUCCAAGAGCCCAGAGAUCCUACUCAUGUUCCAGCAGGUCCAUCGGAAACCAAUGCAGUCUUUCGUCACCACGCCGGUCCCUCCAGACUUCACCAGUGAGCUGGUUCCUGCCUACGACUCCAGCACUUUUGUUCUGGUCAACUUCAGCACCCUGAGGCAGCGGGCUGACCCGGUCUACAGCCCGCCUCUGCAGAUAUCUGGGCUCUGCUGGAGACUCAAAGUCUACCCAGAUGGUAAUGGUGUGGUCCGUGGAAACUACCUGUCUGUCUUCUUGGAACUGUCUGCUGGACUCCCCGAAACAUCAAAGUAUGAGUACCGUGUGGAGAUGGUCCAUCAGGCCUCCAGUGACCCGACCAAAAACAUAAUUCGGGAGUUUGCCUCUGACUUUGAGGUUGGUGAAUGUUGGGGCUACAACCGCUUCUUCAGACUGGACCUUCUGGCCAGCGAGGGCUAUCUGAACAUGCAGACCGACACACUGGUCCUCCGCUACCAGGUUCGAUCACCUACCUUCUUCCAGAAGUGCAGAGAUCAGUACUGGUACAUCAGCCAGCUGGAGUCAGCCCAGAGCGGCUACAUCCAGCAGAUCAACAACCUCAAAGAGAGGUUGGCCAUCGAGCUGUUUCGCCGUCAGACGUCACGCAGCUCCUCGCCCCCCGACCUGAGGCUCGCUGCAGGCACCACAACUUCUGAAAGAGACCCUCGCUCGGUCAAGAGUGACGAUGACAUCCAGACCACUUUGAGCAACACCAAAAAAUGUGAAGAAGAAGAGAGGACCCAGCACGAUGACUCUAAUGAGCUGUCAGACGGAGACUUGGAGGUUGACUGUCUGACAGAGGAGGAGGUGAACCCGCUUGAUGGCAGCAGCACCUCAGGGAGCUCAACAGCUACCAGCAACACAGAGGAGAAUGACAUCGAUGAGGAAACCAUGUCUGGAGAGAAUGAUGUAGACUUCAUUGGGAAUCUGGAGACAGAAGAAGGAGAGCUUCCUGAUGAUUUGGCUGGAGCCACAGGCGGAUCCAAUGUGCGUUCCUUGCAUCGCAGUACUGCUGUUGGUCGCAGUGUCAGCGGAGCUGCUGCUACUGGUGGUGCUGUUGGUCCCGGCAACAGCAGCCUCCUGGAGAUCGACCCAGUCAUCCUAAUCCAACUGCUGGAUCUGAAGGAGCGUAGCAGCGUGGAGUCUCUGUGGGGUCUUCAGCCUCGGCCUCCUGUGUCUCUCCUGCACAGCCAAGCUCAUCCUCACUCCAGGAAAGAACGAGAGCGGCGGCCUCAGGUGGUGCGACGAUCAGCUCCAGACUCGGGGGUCCUGAUCCGCCUCAAGGCACAGAUGGCUGAGGUCCGCAGCAAGAUGUCUGAUGUGAAGAGUCAAGUGAUGGAGGCCCGGGGGACUGGAGAGCCAAGGCCUAGCCCAUCGGGAAGCUUUAGCGUGGAGGAGGUGCCCUCUCACCACACUGACUCAGAGCUGUCAGCUUGUCGUAAGCCCGGCGAGCUGGACCUGCUGGGGAGAGCAGCUGCGGCUCGGUCCAGGCCCUGCCGCCCUGCCAGGAAAUCACUGUCCCCAGUCCUGGACAGUAGCGGCUCUCUGGUGAUGAAGAGAAGGAGUCCAGAGGAGAUGGAGAAGGACCUGAGAGGAGCAGAUGUCGCCUCAGAGAUCAACCUGCCUCAUCUUAAAGAAGGGCUGGGAGGUACAGAGGGAGUGCUGAAGGCCGAUGGCACCCAGACCCCCCUCGUGUCCCUCAGCAUCUCCUCAUCUGAUCAGGCCUCCACCUCCAAGCAGCAGUACUCGUUGGUGGAGCAACAGCAGCAGAUGUAUGGGGCCUCAGGGUCCAGGGACGACAUCUUCUCCUUAGGAGGACCAAGCUAUAUGACUGCAAGCAAGAACUGUGGCAGCAGGACCCUAGGGGCAGCCAAGUUGGCCUUUGAAUCUGAGAGCACAGGAAACUCCCAUCAGUCAUUGCUGGAGGGCUCCUCUGCACAGCCACAGUCAAAUGAAGAUCAGUCACCAUCUGUUCUGGUGGCAGCAACAAGCAGUGACAGCGACACAGAGGACGAGGCUCUGCAGAGCAACAACUCUCGUUACGACAACCAGACUCCUCCUUGCGCAGGAGAGCAACUUCUCUCUGAUGACACGAGUCUACCCACUGACAGGUGAUUCCCUCCGUGUCUGAAAGAAACCCCCUGCUUUAUCCUCAACGGCCACAAAGUGAUGCAAUGACGGCCGAAGACGACACACGUUAGUUACGCAGAUCUGUAGAUUAGAAACUGCCUGUUUUGCAUGAAAUGGAAGACGAUGCAGCAGCUCACCUGCGUGUCCAGAAAUGGAAACAUUUCUCUUGGUGUCCUUUAUAGAAUUAAUGAUAAUGAUGGCUAGUUGGUCAUGUGUUCAUUGAUGGAGUUCAGGAAAAUAAAACCUGUUGAGAUGACCACAUUAUAGAAAUAGAACAUGCCCCUUUUAGAAGAAUCAACAUUUUAAUAUUUUCAAAUCUUUGACCUGUUUUAAAACUGGACUUUCACCACCAGCGUCCUCAGCAGGUUCAAGUCAUUACCCAGUUGGUCAUCAUUUAACAGGCAUUAACAUCCUUCCAGUUUUUCAUGGUCAGUUCAGUAAGUGUGCCCAGGGAAAACAUUUUGAGACAUUUGAGACAUAAACAUUUAGCAAUAUUUAGGGCAUAAAAACCUGUCGGAGGCAUUACAUUUUCUCUGGACUGCAGGGCAUUUAGUCACUUCAAUUAACUUUCAGUACAAAAUCUCAUACCCUCUCAGUGUAUAAAUGCUUUUGUAAAUCUGCCAAGUCUACAGAGUGUUUGCAGGAGUCUGAGGAAAAACUGUACAUAAUGUGUAGCCUGUCAAUAAGAGCUGAGUGUUUUGUAAUGGCUUGCUGUUGGUGUUUAAUUCAGCCUGUCUGGGCUUUAGUCUCCACACCUACUCGACUUCCUUCACCCUGCAACUCCUAGCAUUGUUGCUCAAAAGACUUAAUUCAUUCCUCAAAUGUUCCGUUUUAGCGACACAGCAGCUUGUUGCAUAAAAUCAGUGCUUUUCUUCCUCGAGGUGAACAUGUAGUGCUUCAUUAACUUUUCUGGUAACUUUAUGUAAAUGUCUUUGCUCUUAAUGCCAGCAGCAGCCACCACAGUGUCUGUCUUUAUGUGACAUUUGAAAAGGCUAAAUGGUCACUGACUCACACGGAUUAUAAAACUGCUACUGCACUGAUGUCUGUGGGCUGAAACUUUGACUUAUGCUGCAGACCUGACAUCCCCCCCCGACAUUACGGAUCGUAGUUACAAAUGCAACAUGCCGUAAAUUUACUAGAUGACUGAAAAUGAAAACUUGGGCCAGUAUCAUUCAUUUAAACAAGUCGUUUGACACUUUGGGAAAUAUUUGCUUUCUGGUGGAGAGGAAAGCUCCAACCUACAACUGGUCUGCUUAGCUUAGCUUAGCAUACAGACUGGAAACAGCUCGCAAAGUGAACAAUGUUCCUCUGCUGACAUGUGAUGCUCUGAAAGGGUGGAAACUCUGAGCUGAAUUAGUGACGUCACGGCAGCUGUUUCCCAUCAGCUGUCACCACAGAAUACCCUGAAAUAGACCCUAUUUUCCACAGCAGACAAUUUGACUUAUCGUAGCAGGAAAGGCACAGGUGUUAUUAAUAGAAUUAGCGAUGGCUCUGUUCUGUUCAAGUGUUCCAGUAAGCCACAACUGAGCCAUCAUCAAACUGAUGCAGCUAAAUGGAACGCGUUGUUAAAACAUAGUAUCAGUCACACCUGUGCUUUUCCUGUGGCAAGUGGCAACUCAAAACGUCUGCUGUGUAACAAAAAAGAUAUAUGAAACAUUCUUUUUAAAGUGUUUUUUCACACUAAUUACACAAUAGACCAUAUUCACAUUCAUACCCGGGAAGGUGAUACAUUUUCACCUCUGCCUCCUGAUUGAUCAGGAACUGAAAAGAUGAAUAAAAUCUGGAGGGGCAUCAAGCCGUAUGUCAAGGUUUAACUACAUGUUUGUUAACUCAUUCGCCAACAUUUACUUUUUAGUUGGUGAUCUAUCAGGAAGUGGAUUUGUUGGAUUCUUUCUUUACAGGACUUGCAAUCUGGAACACAGUCAGAGGAACAUGGCUGCUGUGUUAAUAUUGUCUAUCGAGGUGAAUGAAGAGCUCAGCUAAGGAUUAUUUUCAGAGUCAAAUCAUGUACCGAUUUUCUAAAUCAAUCAUUUGGUGUUCAAAAUGUCAGCAAAGAAUGAGAACUGUCCUUCACAAUUUUCCAGAAACCCCAGCUGACAUUUCCAAAUGUCUUGUUUAUGUUGUUUUUGUCCAGCCAGCUGUUUAAAAUUCAUAGGUUCAUUUAAAUAUCAUAGAAAGGCAAGAAACAAGAAAAUAUUAACAUUUGAGAAACAUUUGAAUUUUUCAACACAAUGUUGGAUAACUGGUCCGUGAGGAUGGUUGAAUUAUUUUUGUGGAGCUGUGAAAAAUUACAUUUGAAAAAUUGAACAGCAACCCGUCUUUCAAGAAACGGUUUAUCUGUUACUGCACGUUUUGGUACUUUCGUCCACAAAAAGUAUUUACAGAAACUGCUGGGUAAAAGUGACGUUUCUGAUUCAUUUUUCACAUAUGCUUUCCUACAUCCUGAGCUUUGAUUGUGUUGGCAAGCACUCAGACAUUUUGCAAACCUGGACAAAUAAAACAACUAUCUGCAGGGUUAUAAAGAGGAAAGAGAGAGAUGGGUUGUUUUUUUUUCUAAUUUGGUUGAAUAGACCCGUCAGGUUGAACUUGUGCUGCAUUGAGGGAUCUUUUAAUUUUAAUGUAACUUGAUGGCAAGGGUUUAAAAAAUCCAUGUAAUUAUGUAACAUGUUCUUUGUGCUGCUCUGCUGGCUCACUGCUUCACUGACUUUUCUUACUGGAUAUCUUAUUAUUCACCUCACUACUCUUAACAAACAUGGCAAACUUGUGUCAAAGGCUGCUGCAAAAUGGUGCCCAUUACUGGGAGAAAUGUCACGUUACCCUGCUGUGUUAAAAGCUGGCGAGGUUGAGAACAGAAGUACAACAUGUUUGGAAGUUUAACAGACUUUUCUGCACUUUGACUGUGAAGCGGACCUUUCCUCUUCAUUCAGCCACAACUUAGAUUGAAGGCCACUUAAUCUUCAGAUCGACUUCUUCAGUCGGUAGUUUACAUUGUAAAUAUUUUGUGUAUACAGUUGUGUCGCUUGCUUUACAUGUGCCUGGAAGUGCAUGGCUUUACUGGCAGGAUUAGAGGAGAAGGGACGUCUUGUUUGCACCAAGUCGAACUGAAAUCAUCUAUAUUGAAUUUAUUUUUGAAAUGUAGUCUCCUCUACAGCUGCAGUCCACUUUAUCAUGUGAGUUUUCACUUUCCUUUGUUACAGCUGCUUCACGUGUUCACGUACAUGAUCGAGAAGCAGCCAGACACUCACCAUUUAUUAACCUUUUCUCUUAUUUGUGCUUGUUGUGGCAAAAGUUUUCAUUUUGAGUGUUCCCAGAAUGCACUUUGCAUUAUUUGAUGUGUACAUUUCAUUAAUAUGUAAUAAAUCAUGUUUUAAGAUCCUGGAAAA